ACAAAUUUUAUAGAUUUGUGAUUAAAAAUUUAAUUAUUGAAAAAAAAUCGUACAAGAAUCACUUAAAAAGAUAUGGCUUUUAAGCUUCUUGCGGUCACUGCAUGUAUAUUAGCAGUAACAAAAGCUAUUCCAGUAAGUCCACAAUAUGCUUACGCUCAACCCGCUCAAGUAGCAUACGCACAGCCCGCCCAAGUUGCUUAUGCACAUGCUCCUUUACAAAAAGUAGCUGUUGCCAAACAAGUAAUCGAAGAUUACGAUGCAAAUCCACAAUACAGUUAUGGAUAUGAUAUUCAAGAUCAUUUAACUGGUGAUAGUAAAAGUCAACAAGAGACACGUAAUGGUGAUGUUGUGCAGGGGAGCUACUCAUUAAUCGAUCCAGAUGGUGUGAAACGUACCGUAGAAUAUACAGCAGAUCCACAUAAUGGAUUUAAUGCAGUUGUACAUCGUGAGCAAUUGAGUGGUCACCAAGUUGUCAAAGCUGUUGCACCAGCUCAAGUUGCAUAUGCAGCUCAACCUGCCAAGGUUGCAUACGCUGCUCAACCGGCGUAUUAUCAACAUCAUUAAUUUUUUUUAAAUUUGUUUUUUAUUUUU